AUGCCUGUUCUAGCGACGACCAACUUUAACAUUAUCCUCAGCGUGCUGGGGGGAUGGGUUUCGUUGUUCGGCUUAGUGUCUUACCUCUGCAAGGAGAGCUUUUACCUCUCAGAGGCCCUCAUAUCCCUCCUUGCUGGCGUGGCCCUCUCGCCCCACGCCGCCAAUCUCAUCCGCCCGCUCGACUACGCCCUCGGCUCUGAGGAGAACGUCAACGCCGUCACGCUCGCCUUUUCGCGGCUCGUGCUGGGCGUCCAGCUCGUCCUGGCCGGCGUGCAACUGCCGAGCCGCUACCUCAAGAAGCAGUGGGAGCCCCUGAGCAUCCUCAUCGGCCCCAUCAUGGCAGCCAUGUGGCUGGCGACCAGCCUGCUGGUCUGGGCGCUCGUCCCGGGCAUCAGCCUGCUGCAUGCCCUCGCCAUCGGGGCGUGCGUCACGCCCACCGACCCCGUUCUCUCGGCCGUCAUCGUCAAGGGCAAGUUCGCCGACCACAACGUGCCCAAGGACCUGCAGCAGAUUAUCAUCGCCGAGUCAGGCGCCAACGACGGGCUGGGGUAUCCAUUUCUAUUCUUCGCGCUGUACCUGAUCAAGUACAUUGGGGACGGCGGCGUUGCGGAGCAGGGUGGCGCGAGGGUCGCCAUGGGCCUGUGGUUUGGCGAGACGUGGGGUUACACUAUUUUGCUGAGCGUCGCCUACGGCGCGGUGGUCGGCUGGGUUGCCAAGGAGCUGCUCCACUGGGCCGAGGAGCGCAAGUUUGUCGACCGCGAGAGCUUCCUCGUUUUUGCCAUCUCGCUCGCGCUGUUUAUUGUCGGAACGUGCGGCAUGAUUGGCAGCGACGAUGUGCUGGCCUGCUUCGUGGCCGGCAAUGUCUUCACCUGGGACGACUGGUUUCGGCUCGAGACGCUCGACGACUCGCUGCAGCCGACCAUCGACAUGCUGCUGAACGUGUCAAUCUUCAUGUGGUACGGCGCCGUUUGUCCUUGGGAGUUGUUUUCGCAUAGCGAGGUGGUACCGCUGGGCCGGCUAGUUCCCCUCGGGAUCUUGGUGUUGCUGUUCCGGCGUCUGCCGUGGGUGUUUGCGAUCCAUAAGUUCAUACCGCAGAUCGAGGAGGUGCGGCAGGCCAUUUUUGUUGGCUUCUUCGGCCCUGUGGGCGUGUCGGCCAUUUUCUACCUCUACGUCACGUUGGAGUUCCUACACACUCUAGAUGUAGACGGCGAGCAUAGGGAUGAUGUCAAGAACUUGCCCGAGACCGUCGUGGUGGUGGUUUGGUUCAUUGCUAUCUGCAGUAUUGUUGUUCACGGUCUGAGCAUCCCGCUCGGCAAAUUGGGUUACUAUCUCCCCAGAACCCUGUCCCGCAGCGUCGCAUCGCCCGAUGGCGACGGACCUGAGACCAUAUCUCCUUUCACAAUCGGUAGCAGAGUGACUACGAUUGCCAUUCGUCGGCGGUCCGGUGGUCAGUCGGGAAAAGAAGCCAGCCCCGUGUCUGGACGCGCCGUGUUCAAAAUCGGUGGCUCCAUCAUUCCCAGAAGGCGGGAGGCGCCCAGCAGCGAGCUCCCUGACCAGCGCGAAGUAGUGGAUGCCAGCAGAAGCUCGUCGGCCAGCGCCGUGGAAGCGGUGCAAGGCUUGUCGGCUCAGAAUUCGGUGCUGCCCCCUGGACGGACGAUUCGGUUCCCUGAUGAGUCACGGUUACCUAGUGGCCAGUCGGCAAGAGUUGCCGGCUCUUCUGAGCCAUGA